UACAGUGGCAGAUUGUACAUCGAUAGGUUAUUUUUUUAUAUCUGACCGAUAAAAAAGCGCAUAAUUGUUGAUAAUACGUGACCGAGCAGACUACGCAUAACCUGAACCCCCAGUAUCGAAGAGUUUCACAGAUUUUUUAAGAAAGGUGCGACAACCUGUCAUUUAACACUAGACCAGCCUAAAUUUAUCAUGGAUAAUUACAACAAUUUGGAAACCGUAAAAUCGUCACCAACAACGCCGCAGAAUGACAGUGACAACAGUUCAAGCAAAAAAUGGUACCGCCAAGCUACUCAGCGUUGUAGACGCUGGUUUGACGACGUAUUUUCGUGAUAAUCCCGGUUCUUUCACGGAAAAUUUAUUCCAUCAAGCUAUGCUUGGAUUAAAUUUAUCUCCAACUUCAAACGUCGGCCUGACUAGAAACGACCGUAGCGAACAGGAUUUAGAUUGUUUUACCGAGGGUGAUCAGCAUCGCUUGAGGACCGACAAACGCGAGAUAGCGCACAGAAUAUUUGUCAAUAGGAGUCUACAUCUCGAAAAUAUCAAGUUCUAUGGAUUUGACAUGGACUACACAUUGGCUGAAUACAAAUCGCCGCAGUAUGAACAGCUGGGUUUCAAUCUUCUCAAGGAUCACCUAGUGUCUCUGGGCUAUCCGGAAGAAAUUAAAGAAUUCGAAUAUGAUCCUAGUUUCCCUGUGAGAGGGCUAUGGUUUGACACGCUUUAUGGGAAUUUGUUGAAGGUUGACGCCUAUGGAAACAUCCUUGUAUGCGUACAUGGUUUUGAAUUUUUGAAACACUCCCAAGUUUACGAACUUUAUCCAAACAAGUUCUUGCAGCUUGACGAAUCGCGAGUUUACGUACUAAACACUUUGUUCAACUUACCUGAGACUUACCUGCUGGCGUGUUUGAUAGACUUUUUCACAAACUCGCCUCAGUACACGCCGGAAAAGACUGGCGUAAAGGCCGGCGAGCUUACUAUGAGUUUCAAAAGUGUUUUUCAAGAUGUCCGGAACGCCGUUGACUGGAUACAUCUUCAGGGAGAUCUGAAAACCAGGACUAUACAAAAUUUGGACGAUUAUGUUAAGAAGGACGAAAGGCUGCCGAUGUUCUUGACAAGGAUCAGAGAGAAUGGUGCUAAAGUUUUUUUACUCACAAACAGUGACUAUGUGUUCACAGACAAAAUUAUGACCUACCUCUUUGACUUUCCCCAUGGAGCGAGACCAGAAGAUCCCCACAGAAAUUGGAAAACUUAUUUUGACAUUAUUGUUGUUGAUGCUAGUAAACCACUCUUCUUUGGCGAGGGUACAAUCCUCCGUCAAGUCGACACCAAAACUGGGGCAUUGAAAUUGGGAACUCAUAGAGGACCUUUACACCUAGGUGAAGUAUAUUCAGGCGGUUCAUGCGACGUGUUCACUGAACUGAUUGGCGCCAAGGGCAAAGACGUUCUGUACAUUGGUGAUCACAUCUUUGGUGAUAUAUUGAAAAGCAAAAAAAUACGGGGUUGGAGGACGUUUUUAAUCGUUCCUGAACUCGUUCAAGAACUUCAUGUUUGGACAGACAAAUGUCAGCUCUUUGCAGAACUCCAAAGCCUUGACGUUAUGCUCGGGGAAAUGUACAAAAAUUUAGACAGCAGCACAAAGGAGAAACCAGACAUCUCAAAACUUAGGGCGUCGAUAAGGGAUGUCACGCACAAAAUGGAUUUGGCUUAUGGUAUGAUGGGUUCUUUGUUCCGCAGCGGAAGUAGGCAGACGUUUUUCAGCAGCCAGGUGGUGAGGUACGCCGACCUCUAUGCGGCAACGUUCCUGAACCUAAUCUAUUAUCCGUUUUCCUACAUGUUUAGAGCACCUGCAAUGCUGAUGCCUCAUGAAAGUACUGUCGCUCAUGAGCAAAGAUUCGUUAUGGAAACUCCAAUGAUCAGUCGAUCUCGCACAUUCAAGCUCACAGACGAGGAAGAAGAUCAGGGAAAAGUAUUCAGUCAGGGAUUAGUCGAUAUCGAUCAUACAGGGAGCCAAAUACCACAUGCAAGGCCUGAAACACCUAGAAAUGUGACACAUACUCACGAUGAAGAUUGCAGCGACGAAGAUAGCGACUCGCAAAAGCAGGCCAAUAUAGAAGCGCGGAAAUUGUCAUUGAGAGAGGUGAAUUAGAUAAGCCGUUAGAUGUUGACUAUUGAUUAUUCAGUUUUUACACUCCUCGAAUCUUGGCUUUCACCACUGGUCAAAUUGUAUGAAGCUUUUAGCCCGUUUAUAGGCAAAGAAACAAUUGAUAAUUAUACACGUUGGCAUGUCCGUGUAAUUAAAAUAUUGCCGAUAGUCUUUAUGUAAUAUACAUAAUAUUGUAUACGAAGAAAAAAAAAUUAGUUAUAACAGUUGUUAUUAAGCAACAAAAAAGAACUAGAGACACGGCGGCGUGUGUGUUCAACACGUUCAAUGGGCAAUGCUCAGUCGUUUUCUUAGAUUAAGAAGAGAUGUUAAACAAAUUUUUAGAUAUCUAGAGACGUUAUGUAUCAUCUGACAAUAUUGUAAUUGUUACACAUUACUAUAUAUGAUAUGAAAUUAUAAUAAAUUAUUUUUUAUUUA